CAAGAUGGAGGAGUAUGCCCGGGAACCUUGCCCCUGGCGAAUAGUGGAUGACUGUGGUGGGGCCUUUACGAUGGGUACCAUUGGUGGUGGUAUCUUUCAAGCAAUCAAAGGUUUUCGAAAUUCUCCAGUGGGAGUAAACCACAGACUACGAGGGAGUUUGACCGCUAUUAAAACCAGAGCUCCACAAUUGGGAGGUAGCUUUGCUGUUUGGGGAGGUCUGUUUUCCAUGAUUGACUGUAGUAUGGUUCAAGUCAGAGGAAAAGAAGAUCCCUGGAACUCCAUCACAAGUGGUGCCUUAACAGGAGCCAUACUGGCAGCAAGAAAUGGACCAGUGGCCAUGGUUGGGUCAGCUGCAAUGGGUGGCAUUCUUCUAGCUUUAAUUGAAGGAGCUGGUAUCUUGUUGACAAGAUUUGCUUCUGCACAGUUUCCUAAUGGUCCUCAGUUUGCUGAAGAUCCUUCCCAGUUGCCUUCAACCCAGUUACCAUCCUCACCUUUUGGAGACUAUCGACAAUAUCAAUAGGACAUCUCUCCCAGGAUUUCUUUAACAAAAAUGAGCUAUAGUUUGAGAAGGAUUUCAGAAGAUCAAAUUACAAUCGGUUUUUAAAAGCAUAGAUUUUUAAAACUAUGGCCAAAUAGGCUAUGAAGAGACAUUUAGCACUUUUUUCUAUUUAAAAAGGAACAUGGGGUGGGAGUGUUAAUAAUACACUUAUUUAUUCACACUUGCAUUGCAUUUGUGAUCAAAGUGUCUCAUAUCAUUAAAAGAAAAGAUGGUAAGUGCUCACAAGAUGAAGGACCAAAGGGCAAGUAGCAGUGCAGUGUGACCAUCAAUUCCUGAGGACUUCUCUGCCUGAUUUUAUGUGUUCUGUUAUUCAAACAAUAAAAAGCUCCUGGAACUUACUCUUUUUCUUAAAA